UAUUCACCCUCAUGAGUUCACUUGUUUCAUCUUUUUGAUACAUCGUUGGAGGGUUUCAGUUCAGUUGCAGAGAAAAAUGGUGCUUCGCAAAUUCCAGGUGCUUCACAAUCACUCCAACGUUGAUCUCGAUUACGACACCGACGAUGGCUUCCAAGUUUUUCAAUUCCAGCUCUACUCUCUCACUUCAAUUCCACCUCCUCAACAGAAGAUUUACGCAGCUGAAAACGACACCGCAGUCGCUACCGACUCCGAUCUCACCACCAUUUCCGAUAAGCUACGACUCGUCUCCAUCGACGACGACGACCCUGAACCUCAAUCCAGCACUGCCGACCACUUGAAUUCCGAUGAGGAAUUGGCUAGACUCUUGCAGGCAGAGGAGGAAGCACUUAUGUUGCAGCAAUUCGUAGCCGGCGAAGAUACUCAACAAUUUGAGGGUAGAGUUAGGCCUUACGUUACACAAGUCCUCAUGUAUGAGGACCCAAUACGUCAGGAGGCUGCUAGGAAGACCGUUCCUGUUGAAGAGCUUGAGGAGAAAGCCUUGGUUUCUUUGGCCAAGGAGGGGAACUUCAAGCCAUCAAAAAUAGAACAAGAUCAUGCUUUCCUGCUACAACUUCUUUUCUGGUUCAAGAAAUCCUUCAGAUGGGUGAAUUCACCAUCUUGUCAAGAUUGUGGCAACCAAACUGUAGCCCAGGGUAUGACUGCUCCACUUCCUUCCGAGACUCGUUAUGGAGCUUCCAGAGUUGAACUCUAUCGCUGCACCUCAUGCUCCAAUCUGACUCGCUUCCCUCGGUACAAUGAUGCAAUAAAGCUUGUGGAAACAAGAGAAGGACGCUGCGGAGAAUGGGCCAAUUGCUUCACGCUCUACUGUCGAGCUUUUGGCUAUGACUCACGUCUGAUCUUGGACUUCACAGAUCAUGUUUGGAUGGAGUGUUUCUCUCAAUACAUAGGAAGAUGGAUUCAUCUUGACCCGUGUGAAGGAAUCUAUGACAGGCCAUUAUUAUAUGAAAAAGGGUGGAAUAAGAAAUUAAAUUAUGUGAUUGCCAUAGCCAAAGAUGGAGCUUAUGAUGUCACCAAACGAUACACAAGGAAGUGGCAUGAGGUCCUUUCUCGGCGUACUAUGCUUACGGAGUCUUCUUUGUCAACUCUUCUCACUAAUAUAACAAAAGAACGUCGAAGAGACUUCACAUCUCAGUUACUUUCAGUUAUUGAAGCCCGUGAUAUGGAAGAAAACCAACAACUAGAGAGGAGUUUGCAUUCUGAAGAUGAAGAGUCACUCACAUUACCUGGAAGAAGAAGUGGGAAUGAGGAAUGGCGCAAAUCCAGAUCUGAAAUUGGUUCUGAUAACCUAAGUUCUUCUACUUGUCCAGUUCGAUUGUGCGUAGAUGAGCAUGUGACAAAGAUUUAUAAUGCAUUUCAUCCUUUCCUUUAUCAAUUUAUCGGGGACGAGCUAACAAGGUCUGAAGCUGUGGAAGUACUUGAAAUUACUAAAGGAAUAAUAUUGGAUCUUUCCAAUUCCCCCUUUAAAAAAAGAAGGACCUCAAUUGAUUUAGUUCUAAAUAACUCUAAAUUUCAGAAACUGUUGCCAUCUUUUGGUGACCUACUUGAUGCACUUUCACUGGAGAAAAUAGUGAAUGCAGAUGGGAAGGUUGAAAUUUGUUUGGCUGGUAACCCUAUAUUAACUUCUUUAGCAUUGCCUGUUGUAUUGGAUGCUCUAGAUGAUCUGAUUUACAAUCUUAAAAAGUCUGAAAAGUAUGGGAAAAAUAUGUUUCUGUUGCCGCUUCUGAAGUUAAAUAGAUUACAUUCUGGAUCAGUCAUUGCAAGUGCAGAGGAGUUGCCUUUUGGGAUUGUAACAUCAGCAUUUGAUGGAACUAGAAUAUCAAAAUGGGAAGAGCCAAAUGGAGCUAAAGGUUGUUGGGUCGGGUAUAAAACAUUUAAUAACAACAUGUUUGAACUUGCGGCAUAUGAGUUGAUGUCUGCCAACGAUGCACCAGAAAGGGAUCCAAUGGACUGGAUUCUUGAAGGGAGCAAUGACAAGGGGAUCAGUUGGCAAGUUUUGGACAAGCAAACCUCACAGUUCUUUGAAGAUCGUUUCCAGCGUAGAACAUACACGAUUAACUCAGCAAGUUUUCCAUCUAAUGUUUUCAGGUUUAGGUUCCUGGCAGUCAGAGACAUUAAUUCUACUUCCCGACUGCAAAUUGGUAGCAUUGAUCUCUAUGCGAAACAACGUGAAAUAUAGGUAAAUUUUAAGCUGAAUUCAGCAAAGUAGAACUUCUUGGCUUGGGUGUACAGUUAUAUGCCAUUUGUCAUUUUUAAUUUAUUUUGUUCAAGAUGUGUGCAAAGUUCAAAAGAGUUGUGAUAGAAAUACCUUGGUCUUGAUAGUAAAGCAAACAUUGAGACUUUAACAGCA